AUGUCUAGCACACAGAAUGCACCUAUUCACGAGGACGAAGGUUUUGGAGAAAAGAGUGGUAUAGGGGUCGGAGUACCACCCAUAAACCCUGAGGGACUGUCAAAUGUGGAGCCAGUUGAUAUCAGUUCACACAAUGCUCUAAACACGUACGCAGGCACAGAUUCCACAAGGAUCGCACAUAGGGAAGACCGAGCAGGAGGCCAGGAAACACGAGGGAUGGAAGAAGGAGGAGUCAGCCUCCAAGUGAUAUUCGAGAUGCCGCAAGCUCAGCAAGUUGCCCUCGCUCAGCUUCAGAACUCGUUUGUGAAGGAACAUGCUGGUGCCAUAAAAGUUGCAACAAGGAAACCCGACAUAUUCAAGAUAAAGCAAAGGGAGAAGGAGAUACUGAAGGAGUUUGUAUCCCAUUUCCAAUCAGAACGAAUGGAGUUACCGCCAGUCUUCGCUGACUGGCCAUACCAAUCAAAGAUAAGGGUCGUGGAUGACCAGUUGGGAGCCCCCUCGGGCUCAGUUCAUUCUAACAGAUUUGCAGCCAAGCCCUCGAGGGACUCAGACCAAGGGUUGAGAUUCAAAAAGGAAAGAUAUAAACCGUACAUCAAAGAUAGAAGGAACAUUUCAAGGCGUAAUACACCUCGGAAUGAUCGAAGAGUAGAUCGAGGCCAAAAUGCUCGAGGGCUCAUGAGCAAAAUCGGGUUUGAUAGGUUCUCGAAACCGAUGGAGGCACCCAAAUUGUCAGAAUACAACUUCAUUGUCGAUGCCUUGGGUAUCGUCUCAGCCAUUGGCAAAGUUAAAUAUACUAGAUGUCCCAAGCCUAUACAGACCGACCCUUCUCAGAGGAAUCCCAACUUAAUAUGUAAGUAUCACGGUACUCAUGGGCAUAGGACCAAGGAUUGCAGGAAGUUUAGGGAGGAGGUAGCCCGGUUAUUCAAUAAAGGGCAUUUUCGUGAAUUUCUCAGUGACUAG